AUUUCAGGCCCAGAUACACGUAAAAUAGUGUUGUGGAUAGGACAUCUUUUAAGGAACAAGGCAGCAAACGCUGUACGGUCACCAUGCCAGCGGGUAGGGCAAGACCGUCCAUAGGCAAAGUGGUGCUGAAGUGGUUGUGCAGCGUCUUUCUCGGGAUUGUCCUCCUAGCCUGCGUAAUUGAGACCAAGCUGGGCAUUCUGAACAUCAGCAACAAGAUGAGAGAGACUUCUGAAAGGAGAUUCGUUCGAUUCAUUAUGCUAUUUCUUGUUGUGCUCGUGCCGAGCGUAGUGAACCUGUUGCGGGGCAUCUGGCGAGGAGCUUUACGACAUAAUAUGCCCUGGCCUCGCAAACCCGCGUUUUUAUGGGGACUUGUUGUGAGUUUAUUGGAAGCUCUCGGCCUGUGUCUAUUUGUGUUUCACAUACCUGGCAUCAAAGGUAUUGACCAGCCAUGUAAAGUUAUCCUGAUUAUGAACGGUGUCCAUCUCUGUCCAGCCGUCUACAAUGCCUGGCAAGCCGUCAAAACAAAGGAAAGCAUUGUGCGAAAUACAUUCGCCACUAUAGUAAUGGUCGCGUUUGGGGUCAUUAGCUUCUGGCUUGUGCAGGAGAACAUUGGUCAGUUCAUGCUAAGCAGGAAGUUUAAGUUAGGUAGUCAUUCAACUGUAAUUGCUCAUACGAGUUUAGCUAUAACCCCAAUUCACUAA